GCGCAGGGGCGGGUGCUGCUCUCGGACGGGUGUCUGGACACCAUGAGCCUCAGUGAGGAGCAGGUGCACAGGUUCCUGGACCAGAACCCCGGCUUCGCGGACCAGUACUUUGGGAAGAAGCUGAGCCCGGAGGAUGCGGCUCGCGCCUGUGAGGACGGGUGCCCCGAGGGCUGUGCCAGCUUCCGAGAGCUGUGCCAGGUGGAGGAGAGCGCGGCCCUGUUCGAGCUAGUGCAGGACAUGCAGGAGAGCGUGAACAUGGAGCGCGUGGUCUUUAAGAUCCUGCGGCGCCUCUGCUCCAUCCUGCAUGCCGACCGCUGCAGCCUCUUCAUGUACCGCCAGCGCAACGGCGUGGCCGAGCUCGCCACCCGCCUCUUCAGCGUGCAGCCCGACAGCGUCCUGGAGGACUGCCUGGUGCCUCCCGACUCCGAGAUCGUCUUCCCGCUGGACAUCGGGGUCGUGGGCCAUGUGGCGCAGACCAAGAAGAUGGUGAACAUCCAGGACGUGAUGGAGUGCCCCCACUUCAGCUCCUUUGCGGAUGAACUGACCGAGUAUGUGACGAGGAACAUCCUGGCCACACCCAUCAUGAACGGCAAAGAUGUCGUGGCUGUGAUCAUGGCUGUGAACAAGCUGGAUGGCCCAUGUUUCACAAGUGAAGAUGAAGACGUUUUCCUGAAAUAUCUGAACUUCGGGACAUUAAACUUGAAGAUCUACCACUUGAGCUACCUGCACAACUGCGAGACUCGACGUGGCCAGGUGCUGCUGUGGUCGGCCAACAAGGUGUUUGAGGAGCUGACAGACAUCGAGAGGCAGUUUCACAAGGCCUUCUACACUGUUCGGGCCUAUCUGAACUGUGACCGGUACUCGGUGGGCCUCCUGGACAUGACCAAGGAGAAGGAAUUCUUUGACGUGUGGCCCGUGCUGAUGGGAGAGGCCCAGGCGUACUCAGGCCCCCGCACACCUGACGGCCGAGAAAUCCUCUUCUACAAAGUCAUCGACUACAUCCUCCACGGCAAGGAAGACAUCAAGGUCAUCCCCUCGCCCCCGGCCGACCACUGGGCCCUUGCCAGCGGCCUUCCAACCUACGUGGCAGAAAGUGGCUUUAUCUGUAACAUUAUGAAUGCCCCUGCCGAUGAAAUGUUCAAUUUUCAGGCGGGGCCUCUGGAUGACUCUGGGUGGGUCGUCAAGAACGUCCUCUCCAUGCCCAUCGUCAACAAGAAGGAGGAGAUCGUGGGGGUCGCAACAUUUUACAACAGGAAGGACGGGAAGCCCUUCGACGAGCAGGAUGAAGUCCUGAUGGAGUCCCUCACGCAGUUCCUGGGGUGGUCGGCGCUGAACACUGACACCUACGACAAGAUGAACAAGCUGGAGAACCGCAAGGACAUCGCCCAGGACAUGGUGUUGUACCACGUGCGGUGCGACAGGGAGGAGAUCCAGCUGAUCCUGCCAACAAGAGAACGCCUCGGGAAGGAGCCCGCCGACUGCGAGGAGGACGAGCUGGGGAAAAUCCUGAAGGAAGUCCUGCCAGGGCCCGCCAAGUUUGACAUCUAUGAGUUCCACUUCUCGGACCUGGAGUGCACAGAGCUGGAGCUGGUCAAAUGCGGUAUCCAGAUGUACUAUGAGCUGGGUGUGGUUCGAAAGUUCCAGAUCCCCCAGGAGGUCCUGGUGCGGUUCCUGUUCUCCGUGAGCAAGGGCUACAGGAGAAUCACCUACCACAACUGGCGCCACGGCUUCAACGUGGCCCAGACCAUGUUCACGCUGCUCAUGACGGGCAAGCUGAAGAGCUACUACACAGACCUGGAGGCCUUUGCCAUGGUGACCGCAGGCCUGUGCCACGACAUUGACCAUCGGGGCACCAACAACCUGUACCAGAUGAAGUCCCAGAACCCUUUAGCCAAGCUCCACGGCUCCUCGAUUUUGGAACGACACCACCUGGAGUUCGGGAAGUUCCUUCUCUCCGAGGAGACCCUGAACAUCUACCAGAACCUGAACCGGCGGCAGCACGAGCACGUGAUCCACCUCAUGGACAUCGCCAUCAUCGCCACGGACCUGGCGCUCUACUUCAAGAAGAGGACGAUGUUCCAGAAAAUUGUGGAUGAGUCCAAGAACUACGAGGACAGGAAGAGCUGGGUGGAAUACCUGUCCCUGGAGACCACAAGGAAGGAGAUCGUCAUGGCCAUGAUGAUGACGGCGUGUGACCUGUCUGCCAUCACCAAGCCCUGGGAAGUUCAGAGCAAGGUCGCUCUGCUGGUGGCAGCUGAGUUCUGGGAACAAGGGGACUUGGAGAGGACAGUUCUGGAUCAGCAGCCCAUUCCAAUGAUGGACCGGAACAAGGCAGCCGAGCUCCCCAAGCUGCAGGUCGGCUUCAUCGACUUCGUGUGCACGUUCGUGUACAAGGAGUUCUCCCGCUUCCACGAGGAGAUCCUGCCCAUGUUUGACCGGCUGCAGAACAACAGGAAGGAGUGGAAGGCUUUGGCCGAUGAGUACGAAGCCAAGGUGAAGGCCCUGGAGGACCAGAAGAAAGAGGAGACGACGGCCAAGAAAGCGGGCACAGAAAUCUGCAACGGCGGCCCAGCACCCCGGUCUUCUACCUGCCGCAUCCUCUGAGGUGGCCGGCAGGCCCCUGCCCCACACCCCACCCCCACCCUGGGACUCCACCUCUAACCACUGGUACAAGAGGUUAGGGAGCCUGAGAAAAUGACUGAAGACCAUUUUGGAUACUUUGAACUUUUUUAAGGUUUGUGUUUUUAUGAACUAAAGCCAACAAUGAAUGAUCUGAACAGUGUAGCCUACCUUACCCUCAUCCAACUUUUGGAUACAUAAUCAUACCACCAUGAGAUCUUCAAAAAGGGUCUGUGAACUGUGUGUCUGAAAGCACUGGGUGAAUGUAUUCACAACUGCACAUGUAUUUAUGUGUAUAAGGGUGGAGAAAUAGAUACAUAGACACCAAUUCCCAUCUGGUUUAGGAACAAAUAUAUGAAUAGAAAUUUAGAAUAAAAUCAAAAG